AUGGGGCUAAGAUUAUCAAAACAGGGGUUUAAGAAGCCUGAUACUCUGAGUAUAAGUGAUCUCCACCAUGGUCUGAUAAAUUAUUUAUCAAGAGGUUUUUGCAUACGUAACUUGGUGUCGAAACAAAGAAGGCGAAUGCUUGUUGGCGGAUAUGAUCUUGACAUGACUUAUAUAUCAGACAGAAUUUUAGCAAUGUCAUUUCCUGCAGAACACGUUCGAGCAGUGUUUCGUAACCCUUUGUGGCAGGUUAAGUCUGUAUUGGAUAUGAGACAUGCUGGACAUUAUAAGGUGUAUAACUUAUGUAUAGAGCAAGCUUAUGAUGCCUCACAUUUUCAUGGCCGUGUAGAGACGUAUCCGAUUGAUGACAACCAUGUCCCUCCUCUAGAAAUGGUCAAGGAUUUCUGUGAAGAUGUGCACUCAUGGCUCUCAAGUGAUACCAAUAAUAUUGCUGUUAUACACUGCAUGGCAGGAAAAGGCCGAACAGGGUUAAUGGUCUGUUCGUACCUAGUUUACACUGGCAUGUUAGCUGAGGACGCUCUGAGAGUGUAUGCAGAGAAACGAACAACUAACAAUGAAGGAGUAUCCAUUCCAAGCCAACGUAGGUAUGUCAGAUAUUGGGAGGAUGCACUUUCCUUUCCAAAGGGCGUUCCUCGUGGUCCUCCAACUGUCAAGUUGCCUAAGUCAUGCAAGAGAGAGCUGCGUCGUAUUAGAUUAUAUGACACUAUAAAUGUUGAGUCCAUUUUUUUCGUUCUAUCUGAGUUGCAAAGAUUUCCAGGGGAGAAAUAUAGUCCACCUGCAGAAGUAUCAAAGAGUAGCUGCAGACGAAUUAAGAACGGUAUUCAGAGAACUUAUAGCCCUCAAUAUUUUUAUUCGUUUGUUGAGGAAAAAGAAGAUAAGAUGACACAAGGAAAGAAGGAACCUCGUCUGGUAGUUCAAAUGGACACAGAAAGUUCCAUGCUCUAUCAGAAAACCUGUCUUGAUCACUUCUAUGACAAACCAGUGCAAAUCUGCGGAGAUGUGCGUAUCAUAUUCUAUGAAAAGCUCAUAGGAGGACGUCUUUUUUAUGCUUGCUUCAAUACAGCUUUUAUUCGGAAUGAUCUGCUGCAGUUUUCUAUAUGGGAGCUUGAUAAAGUUGGAAAAAAGGGCAGGUCCAUUACUGGUUCGUCAUUCUGCUUGGAGUUGUUCUUUGGUCCAGCGAAUGGCAAUUGUUUGCCAACGCCUCCUUUGCAUGAUGAUGAUCUUAGUGAUUGUUAA